AUGUAUGCAGAAAGUAAUGCAGAUAAUCCGAAUAUGAAAGGUAUUCUUUUUGUAAUGGAAAUUGAUACAGUAAAUGCAAACGUACCAUUUAUUUCUCUUGAUGGAAUAAGUUAUUAUGAUGAUGAAAAAGAAAUUCUCUUUUCAAUGCAAACAAUUUUUCGUAUUGGUGACGUAAAAAAGAUUGACAAUAAAGUUUGGCAAGUAGACUUGACAUUAACAAGUGAUGAUGAUCAACAGUUUAGAAUUCUUACUGAACAUAUGAGAGAAGAUUUAGGUAGAGGGACUUCAUGGCAACAAUUAGAUCUUUUGAUGUACACAAUGGAACAAUUUAAAAAGGGUGAAGAAAUCCAUCAGAUGUUACUCAAUAUUGCGCCUGUUAAUGAUGAUGAUGAUGAAAUUACUAUUCUCUAUCAACUGCUUGGGAUUUUGAAAUGUGAUCAUUCAAAUGCGAUUCCAAAUUAUAAAGAAGCUCUUAAAAUCAUUGAAAAAUCUGAAUUUUCGGAUCAUGUUGAUUUAGCUAUUGUCUUCAAUAAUAUUGGCGCUGUGUACGUCAUAAUAGGAGAUUAUUCAUCCGCACUCUCAUAUUAUGAAAAAGGGUUUAACAUACGAUUAAGCACUGAAGACCAGAAUUAUAUAGAUCUGCCUGAUAAUUAUAAUAAUACUGCCCUAGUAUAUGAAAAAAUUGGGGGUUACUCAGAUGCAAUUUCAAGUCAUAAAGAAGCACUUAAAGUAAAAUGCAAGUAUCUGCCUGAGAAUAAUUUUGCCCUAACCAAAAGCUAUAAUGUCAUUAGCCUUCUGCUUCAAAAAAUGCAAAAAUACUUGGAUGCAUUCUCCUAUUAUAAGAAAGCACUUGAAAUUUGGAAGAAAUUAUCCCCAAUGAAUCAUCCUAAAUCAGCCAAAACCUACAACAAUAUUGGUGCAUUUCACGAAGCCAUGACUGAAUUUUCAAGUGCAUUGGAUUGUUAUUAUCAAGCUGCUCGAAUUCUUGAAAUCUCGCAGCCCCUAAAUCAACCUUUACUAGCUACUGUAAAAAAUAAUAUCGGUUCAACAUAUGAAAAAAUGACAGAUAACUCAACAGCGCUCUUGUAUUAUAAAAAAGUUCUUGAACUUUGGCAAGAAUCUCUUUCUGAAAAUCAUCCGAAUUUGGCUUCAGCAUACAAUAACAUUGCUGGAGCACAUUAA